AUGGACAGAAAACACAGUAAGUUGUUGGAGAUGUCUGAAGCCAUCUAUGCUGAGCCCGAUAUGACCAAGAAGGUCAAGUUUAACAGAGGUGAGAUGAAGGAGAGGAUUGUGGAUAUCUACGUCAGUGCAGACACCCUGAGAGACGGUGAGACCAGCACCAAGAGAGAAGAGACAGCAGAUACUGCUCCUAAUAAUGGACCAGGAGACCAGCACUCAGACAGCAACGUCUCAAAGAACUCAUCUGCAGAGAGAGACCAGCUAAAGACCAGUUACAACAACCUGACUAAAGAGAGAGACCAGCUACAGACUGAGAGAGAUUUUGUUAUCGGGUGGCUUACCAAUUCCAAACAAACUUGUCCUGAAGCCUGGCAGAAGUUUGAAUCCAGUUGGUACUUCCUGUCUACUGAGACUAAAACCUGGAAUGAGAGCAGAGAGGACUGUCUGAAGAGAGGAGCAGACCUGGUGAUCAUAAACAGUGAUAAGGAACAGACAUUUCUCGUCAACCUCAAGAAGAGAGUCUGGAUUGGUCUGACUGACUCUGUUACUGAGGGGACCUGGAAAUGGGUGGACGGCACCCCACUGACCACAAGGUACUGGUAUGGCCCACAGCCUGAUAAUGGUGGUGUCAAUCCAGUAAAUGGUAUGGAGGACUAUGUUGAGAUACGCACAGAUCAGAGUCCUCUGAAGGCAUGGAAUGACAUGUCAUGUGCGGAGAAUCUUCGCUGGAUUUGUGAGAAAGUGCCUUAA